AUGAGUCAGAUGUCGAAUACCACCAGUAGGCCACCUCUUGUGAAGAAGUACUCUACAGAUGUGUUCCAGACAUUCGGAUUAACUAAAGAACAAUUUCUGACGAGGACACGAUGUGAAAUUUAUCUGGCGCACAAGAAUACAGACACAACCCAGAAGAAAAUUGUCAAAUUUUGCAAACGCUCCAAAGCGUGCACCAUAAGAUUCCACACCGAGGUGGCCAUCAUGAAGAAGCUGAAACAUCCCAACAUCAUGGUUUUUGAUGAGGCAGCAACGUUCCCUGACCACCACGCCAUCAUAAUGCCCUACUGCGAGAUAGGCGCUCUGUACAACAUGAUCGGGAAAGUUCCUUUAAACUACUCGGAACAUUACUUUCUACAGACCUGCUCUGCGGUGAAGUAUCUUCACGACAACUUCAUUUUGCAUCGUGACAUUAAGUUGGACAAUAUUCUGGUGGACAAAAAUCACAAAAUUUAUCUGACAGACUUUGAUAUGUCGUGUACACUUCGUCCUGAGUGUCCCACGGUUCAAAACAUGGCGGGAACAGAAUCCUAUAUGGCACCAGAGAUGGUCAAGUCUCCUACUGGCUCCUACAACGGGUAUAAGUUGGACAUUUACGCUCUUGGCGUUGUCCUGUUUUGUUUGAUCUUUGAGAAAGAUGUGACACAGAGACUGGACUACCUGACCAUGGUCAAGACCUACAUUUGGACCUUCCCUUUGCAUUUCUACAAGAAUGUCUUGGAGCAUAUGUUGGAACCAGAGCCUGAUGCCAGAUGGGAUAUGUAUAGUCUGGUGAGUGCCCUUGGUCAAGCUUAUUGGUUGACUGACAGAGUGAAACUUUUAUAA